AUGUCCUCUUCUACCGGACCUGGUCUAGCGACGACUGGAAGACUCGACCUUCCAGACCUCGCCUCUCACAUUCCCACUUUGGUCAGAACGACCAACUGGACCCGCUGGAGGAUCCGAUUUGAGAUGGUUCUGGGCCAUGCUACACCAAUUCACUGUGCUCUAUUCGAGGGCACAUUAGGCCGCCCAAUUCCUACAGCAGGAGCUGCCGCCGCUGAGCUUACCGCCGAAGAAUCAAAGCCAAACUCCGCUGACGAACAGUUUGGCAACAACCUUCGCCUUUGGGAACAAAAAAACAUGUCGAUUCGAAACUAUCUGCAUCACACGCUCAAUUCUGAGAUAUCUCGUUAG